UCAAACGCGCUUAUCAACUUUAUCGACGACACAACUGUCGUAAACAGCACGCUGAGCUGAAGACGAGCCAAGCUAAUUUCAAACAACUAGUCGCACACAUGACCAAGCGGAGAGCAGAGAACAUUUUGCCUCCGGAUAUUAUUCCCCAUAAAAGAUGUUUGCGUUCUCUUUCCAAUAUCGACGACAAACCGGUGGGAGGAGGAGUGACCACCGUACAAAGCGGUAAUCCACCACAACUUCCAUCAAAUCUUGGACAGCGGUGCAGAAAAAGGCCAAACUAUAACGAAGACCCACCGAAUACAGAUGACAUGCCGAAAAAACUACCUGCAAACAGGGUCAACCCAAUGUUGGGAGAUAAGAACACGUGCAAGUCUAGAAACUUCGAGGAUGCUGGCAAACCUGUCGCGCGACAGCAAUCGCACGCGCUUGAGGUUGAAUCAAAGAAAGAGAAAGAAGACAAAAAUACCACCGGGGAUAAGGUGAUGCACACAGAUGAGGAUCUUACUGCAUUUAAUUCCUUCCAGUUCUGGCGAGUCCCACUACCUGAGUUGGAUCUUUCUCUCCUGGAGACCGAAUCCUCAACUAGGCCCAAUGACACCAUUUCCACAAAAGAUUUAGAGGCGAUGGAAACCUGAGGAGCAUUGAUGCACAUAUUAAUGGUGUGGGACAGGCUUGUUCAUGCUGAUAGACGUUGUUGUUGUGACCUGACCUUUGGCUACUGAUGAUAUACUGUGUAACUCAGUCUGGAUUUGUAGCCUUUUGCUGUGUGGAGGCCUUCAGCAGAAGCACUCAUUAAACAUGAGUACAUAUACAAGCUUAAUGUGCAUCUCUCAUGGAUGUCAAGUGUUCAGAAGCAGGUAUUUAGUUAACGUGCGUGCACUUCGAACUCGUCAUGGAUUUAUGUCAGUAGCUCUAAAAGACCCAGUUUUUUCAGAAUAAAGAUGGAUAUUUUUAUAAUGUUUCGUUGUAUUAGUCCGUUUGAAUUUUUUCAUUGUUUCUUUUCUUUAAGCAGCUAUUUGUAAGAUACUUUACCAGUAUUUUUCAGCAGUAUGUGGUACAAAUUUGUAUGUUCCGGCAGCCAAUAUUGUAAAUUGUCAACGGCAAUACAAAUUUUUUAUAAGACA